AUGAAUCCCGCCUUGUGUCUGCCCAGGUAUUUGGUCAUCGUCCACCCGCUGUGGUACCGCUUCAGACGAACCAUCAAGACCUCUGUGGCGGACCCUGUCAUCAAGAUCCCAUUCAGCAACGUUUAUCAGCAUGUGUGCACGUACCGGGACUUUUACUACAAGACAUUUGAGCUUCCUGACUGUCCUCCUGGCGUGGACCCGACCGUCACCUACCCUGUGGCUUUGAGCUGCCACUGCGGCCGCUGUACCAUGGAAACACAACGACAACACAUCAGACACUUCUGUAGGGAACUCAUUCAGGUGGAGUCUCGCAGCUUUCAAAGAGUGGAAGAUUUCUACAUUAACAGCACCUCACAGAACUAUGAUUACAGCGAGUUCACCUUUAACUCCUAUGAACAUAAAAAACUUGCAUUCAUCAAACAUGUGGUUACAUGUACAAUCAUUGGUAUCGGCCUUCCUUUGACCCUCGUGGCUGUCUAUGCUCUUUAUUCUAUGGUGAGAAGUGAUCACGUUGCUCCAAUCUACGUCAUCAACCUCCUCAUUACCGACCUCCUUCAGCUCUGCUACAUGAUCGUUGAAGCUGCAAAACCUGAGAAUGUGAAGACAUCUGAUAUUGUCAAGUAUAUUUUCUACCCCGGUCUGUUUGCCAGUGUUUACUUCAUGGUCUGCAUCGCCCUGGAAAGGUAUUUGGUCAUCGCCCACCCGCUGUGGUACCGCUACAGACGAACCAUCAAGACCUCUGUGGUGGUCUGUGUCCUGGUCUGGGUCCUCACUUUGUAUUUCUGGCAUGUAUAUAUGGCCCACAUCUUUGCUGUCCUCCUCCUCCUUCCCUUCCCACUGUUCAUAUUCUUCCUGGUUGGGACCCUCAAAACACUGUCUGCUUCCAUCUCGGUCCCCUCUGAUGAAAAACGAAGAAUUGUGGGAAUUUUGGUUCUGGUGCUGCUUAUUUACACGCUGCUGUUCCUGCCCACCAUCAUUUGGUAUCUGGGGAUAUACUAUGACAAGACCCUCAGCGAGCUGUCUUUCAUGUUUCUUAAACUGAGUCCUCUUGCAGACUUAGUCCUGUAUGUCUUCAUGAGGAAAGGGACCAUGGACAAGCUUUUGGCCUCUGUGUGUUGCUGCAGAAUGGACAGCAAUGAUAUCAGCAGUCCAUCAGUAUAA